UAAUGAAGUCGAGGGUCUUCUUUCACACAAUCCUUGAUGAUGCGACUCGUGAAUUGCAAAGUAAAUUAAUGGGAUGAAAGUAAACACAGCAAUUGACCCUGGGUUCGGAGGCUCGGAACGAUGCAGCGCAAAAGAACCGAGCCUCAUGGCCAGCACCCAACGCUGAGUUUAAUCUCGUGGCUAGCCUGCACAGCCCGGAGCAAUAAUGUCCAGGCUAGGCUUCAAGGGGGCGAUGACUGCAUCUCAGCCCAACUUGCCUUAUUAGCCACAUUGCAUAAGUGCGAGAUCUUCGGUAGAAAUGGGCCAAUAACACGGGGCGCUUACGCCUGGACAAGGGUUCGCGAAAUCCUUUCGGGGCUGGGGCGGGGUGCAGGAGUAGCCAAGAUUUGUUUUUGUGAUCGAGAUGCAACCGAGCCCCGUCUGAUAAUUUCUUCUCCGUCCAUGAACGAAGAAAUGGGCGAGAUGGAGUCGGACAACAUCCAAAAUGUCCUGGAGGGGCUCAGAGCGGCCUGGGAAGAUGCCGAAGACGAGCAGGCUCGCGAGAGCCUGAUCCAGAAGUGGAUGAAGACACUUGAAGACUAUUGCAAAGAUAGAUAUGACUAUGCCGACGCCAAUGAUGUCUUUGGGGACUUCAUAGAGGCAAGACUCGCAGAUCUGCUCGAAGCCUUCAACCCAGCCACGGCGGACCAUGUUGGCCCCCUCGAUGCGUUCCUCCGUUCCAUGGAUGACGAGUCAAACAUCAGGGUGUGUUUUGAGAACGCAUUGAUGAGCCAAAAGAAGUUCUUGCGCUCAGCUCAGAUGGAAACAAGCCCAUUGAAGAGCGAAAACCUGAAAUUGAACAGAGCUAAAUGGGUAUCUGUGGCCAUGAGGCUCAUCAACCAUCAUAGCCAGUGCAUCGUACCCCUGGUAACAUCAGAUGGAGAGGGCUCGGCCACAAGAAAUCUGUGGAAAGAUGACGAGACGGCGUUGCAUGUAGCUGUGACACAGAGUUGCCCAGAAGCCGUUGAAGCAUUGCUGAGCGCUGUGCGGGCACAGCACCAAGACCAUAGCCGAGGCGAGCGUGCGAUGCUGAGUCAGAAGAGCUCUGGCCAAACAGCGCUUGCAAUAGCUGUUGACCAGCUGGAUCUUGAGACGGUGCGGCUGCUGAUCAGGGCGACGAAGGCAUUCUUGAACAUCUCGUGGGCGCGGGGAGGCUUCCCGCUGCACGACCUCGUUUUGUCCGUCGCCAAUCCGGCAAAGAAACACUCGGACCAGGCACUGAACGAAUCCUGUCUGAUUCUGGCCGAGAUAAUUGAAGCUGACACCAAAACAUCCUUGACAUCGCGCUGUGGUGUCAUCAGCACAACUCCAUGGGACGAGAAGGUCGAAAACCUCCCCCCAUAUACCUUAGCCUCGCGGGCUGAGAAGGGGCUAAAAGGCUUCAAACGUCGGGCCGCUACCCAGAACUCGCAGUCUCUAGGCAGCCUGGACAGGCGUAUUCUUCUUUUGAAGCAGCUUCGUGUCGACAUGAAAACGUACAUUGCUCGGGAGCUCGACGGCUCUAGUUACGAUCAAGCAACGGCUGGCGAUCUGAGUUUGCAAAAUAAAAUCACUUAUCUGGACCUCUCGGACUUUGACUCUAUGGCCUCGGGCGCGCAGGAGAACGACCUGGAGCGCUUCGUUAACAAUUUUAAGCCACGCGCAAACUGUUUUGAGUUCUCCGACAUGCUCUCGUACGUGCGGCUACCCGAUAUGUCGGCUGGGGACCCUGAAAAGACAUCCCAGGCCAUCAUCGCUCUGUUCAAGAACCUGGCCGAGCUCUUCAAUGUCGCCAAAAUUGUCAGACUUGAGGCCAAAGACAACCCUGCACAUCCCAUGGAGGACUCAGAAAUUGCGAGGAUUGUCGAGAAGUUUAAUAUCGAAGAACUCGACUGGGGGAAAUACAAUAUCGACCUGGAUCCGUUACGAGCCCUGGCCGAGGAUGGUCGCAUUUCGUCUCUGCGGAAGUUGAAGCUAUACUCGACAGGGCAUUGGGGUGUCCUUCAUCAUUGGUUAAGUGAAGAGGGAAUUUUUGCUUUUGAAAGGCUAAAAGAGAUCCUGAUCAGCGUGGUUGAUCCAUAUGAGACAGCUGACUUACCUACGGUUAAUACACGCCCGAAGUUGACCGAGAUAUUGAGGGCGAGGAUGAAGCAAAAACUCGAGACUGUCAGGAGUGAUAUGGUCGGCAAGCUCAAAAUCGAGGUGGAACCUGGCCACCCCCAUAAACCCCGGACGAGGGACAUUUACGUUCCAGAGUCCGUGUCCAAUCAGUUCUUCAAAGCUUUUUCGAACGCGCAGUCGCAGGCUCUUGGUGAUUUGGAUCCUGGCGAUGACGAGAAACUUGGUCUGCUGCGAAGUAAGGUGGCGAUUAUCGACAACGGUGUCGACAUGGGCCAGAAGAGGAUUGCGGCAAAUGUUCGACGCGGUCGGUCGUUUGUGAGCCUUCAUGAAAAUGGAUGGUACUUGCCGUGGUUCACCUCUGUCCACGUCCACGGGACCCAGAUGGCAUCGCUAGUUGUGCGCGUUGAUCCCAACUGCGAUCUCUUUGUAUACCGCAUCAACUCGCUUCCCGGCGGGUCCAUUGAUGUGCGCAAUGCGGUCGAGGCAAUUGAAGCGGCGAUCGAAGACCAGGUCGAUGUAAUCAACCUCAGCUGGUCCUUCAACAAAAAUAGCGAGGCCCUCAAAGAUGUCCUGGACAAAGUGACGGACAGCAAGCAGCACAGGGCGCUAGUGUUUUGCGCCAAGUCGGACGAGCUAUACGCCGACGACGUGUUCCCAGCCGACUACCUCAGCACCAUCAGCGUCGCCGCUGCCACCAGUCGCGGACGCAUCGGAACAGAGGGCAGCAAGCGGCCGGAUCUGCUCAUCCUGGGCGAGAAUAUGCCGGCAUACGGACCUGAUUAUCUGAAUAAGAAGGAAAAGGAAUCCAAUAUUUCGGGGUCAUCGGUAGCAACAGCAUUGGCAUCGGGCAUGGCGUCCUUGAUGCUCAUGCUGGCCAAACAAGACGUCGUGCUUAAAGAGAACUGGGAGCUCUUCAAGACGAAGGAGGUGAUGCUCAAACUGUUUGAGCGGUUCAAGACGGACAAGGCCAGCCCCGUGACCUACGUGAACCCAGCAAUGGUCUUUGGCGAGCCCCAGGACCGCCUGAUUGUCGAGAUGAGAAGCGUCAUCACUACUUUUUCUAGGGCAGGAUACUGACUUGGUUAAUACGGGAGCAGCGUUUGCGAGGUAUGGGUAUCAUUCGGUGCCAUAAAAAGGACUGAUAGGAUUAAGGAGGCAUAGGCGUGUCCUAAAACUACAAAAUUAAUUGGAAUGCUAUUUGUUUUAAAACCUUUGCAGCUUGGAUGUGGAAGAUUAAGUUGUGGAUAAUUAAGUUGUGGGUGAUUAAGUUGUGGAUGAUUAAGUUGUGGAAAUACUAUCCAG